AUGUCGUACCAACUACGCCCGCCGCAGCCGUCGCCGCAGCAAGCCGAAGGGGGAUACGAUGGGUACAAUGCGUUCAGCCACGAGCAACAACAGGCGUACGCUGCGCAGAUGCCGCCUCCGCCGCAACAACCAGCACACCCACACGACGGCUUCGCGCGCACGCAGACGUGGCUCGCUAACCAGCCACCGUCCACCAUGUCCAGCACCGUGGCGCCAGGGACCAAGACAUCACCCUCGCCUAUACAUGAGGGCUACCCAGACACCACCACCACCGCCAGCUUUGACCGGCGCACGCUCGGGGGUUACUCGGCCACGACGACGGCGAUGAUGCCGCCGCGACCGCCGGCGGGGAGGAUAUGCGGGGUCGAGCGGAACCACUUCUUCGUGGUGGUGGCGAUUGGGACGUUCUUGUUCGUGGUCGCCAUCGCGGUGGGCUUGGGGAUCGGGCUGGGCACGAGGACGAGCGGCCAUGUCUCUGGUAGUGCGGCUGCGGUUUCGGGUAGCAUCUCCUCCUCCUCCUCAUCAGUCGCCGCCAUAUCCACCACCCCAACCCCAACCACCGCACAACCCUCAACACCCACCCUCGUGUCCCCCACGCCCAGCUUCACCGGCCUCCUCACCACCGCGCCCAUAAUCUGCCCGCAAGCCAACAACACGGUCUACGUGUCGCGCGGCAGCUCGAAGCCGUUCAACGUGCAGUGCGGGCGCGACUACAACGCGGACGCCGGCGCGCGCGACAUCAGCCACGCCCCCGCGAGCACCAUGGCGCAGUGCAUCAACGCGUGCGGCGACCGCGACGACUGCGUCGGUGUCGGCUGGGGUAACUAUCAAGGCACCUACCAGUGCUGGAUGAAGAGUCGGCUCGGCGAGCCGAACUGGAGCCGGCAGUGGUAUUUUGCGCAGUUGCAGGAUCUGGGGUGA